AUGCCCUCGAGCAUCCUAGGCAACGAUGCCUACGCGCCUCCGCAACCGGACCGACCACGAGCGAUAAUGACCACACCUGCACACGCACCGCAGGCAAUUCGAAAUGCGGACGCUACACUGCCUGAGAACCCGACUGCGGCGCCAAAGCUAGACAAACGGAGUCGGGAAUAUAUCCUGAAGAGCGGACUGGCGGGGGGUAUAGCAGGAUGUGCCGCUAAGACGAUUGUUGGUCCUCUAGACCGUGUCAAGAUCCUCUUCCAGGCCUCCAAUCCGCAGUUCGCCAAAUAUACCGGGUCGUGGUUCGGCGUUGCGACUGCGAUUAAAGACAUCUGGGCGCAAGAUGGUUCAAGAGGGUUGUUUCGCGGUCACUCGGCCACCCUUCUCCGCAUCUUCCCAUAUGCCGGAAUCAAGUUCCUAGCUUACGAGCAAAUCCGGGCCGUCAUCAUCAAAGAUAAGAGUCAAGAGACGUCCCUGCGGAGACUCACGAGCGGUUCCCUUGCGGGUCUUGUAUCUGUGUUCUUUACAUACCCCCUCGAGGUUAUUAGAGUACGGCUAGCGUUUGAGACAAAGCGCGGCUCGCGCUCUUCUCUCACCGGCAUCUGCAAGAAAAUAUACAAUGAGCGGGCGCCUAUCGGCAAGGCUUCAGCCCCCCAUAUAAAUACGUCGUCCGCAUACCAGAUUGCCUCGACAACAACGAAUGCCACAGCGACCUCCUUACAGCAGGUGACGCCUCGAUCUGGACUAUCGAAUUUCUAUCGUGGAUUUACGCCGACCAUGUGGGGCAUGUUUCCCUAUGCAGGAUUCUCCUUCCUCACUCACGACGCCAUGGGCGACUUGAUGCGGCAUCCUCGCCUGGCGCGGUAUACUACAUUGCCCAAUACCCGGGGAAAGAGCCGGGAUCCCGAGAAGCCUGCGCAGCUGAAGCACUGGGCAGAGCUGACGACGGGAGGAGUGGCGGGCUUUGUGUCGCAGACAUUAUCGUACCCUCUAGAGGUUAUACGUCGAAGAAUGCAGGUCGGCGGUGUAGUGGGUGACGGCCACCGUUUGACCAUGACCGAGGUUGCGCGAAAGAUACACAUGGAAAGAGGGUGGAGAGGGUUUUUUGUGGGUCUUGCCAUCGGCUAUGUGAAGGUCGUGCCUAUGGUUGCGACCAGCUUUUUUGUUUAUGAGAGAGCGAAAUACUACCUCGGCAUAUGA